AUGGAAACAUCCUGCGCGAGCGACGCGAAGUUUGAGAUACCAGAUAUUGAAGAUAUUGUGAUAGCGCGCCCAAGCAAGCGAGAUGCCACCGUCGCGUCGCGGCGUCGCGGUAGUAAGAAGCCGAACGACGAACCCCACACGGCAGCGCCUCCAUCGCCACGUAAGAAACGAGUGCGUUCGAGUAAAGCGCCGCCAUCUGUUAAAGAGGCUACACAGCCGCCGCCGGGCUGGGCCGAGCUGUACGCGGUGGUCAAGGAGAUGCGCGCCACUGGCAGGGCACAGCACGCACCCGUUGAUAGCAUGGGCUGCGAACGACUGGCGCAGGCCGAUAUGAGUCCGCGUGACCAGCGCUUCCAAACCCUCAUUGCCCUCAUGCUCUCAUCGCAGACCAAAGACACUACCAACGCGGCCGCCAUGCAGCGUCUUGCCACCGAGCUCCCAGCUCACGCGCCCGGCGCCCCGUACGGCCUCACACUCGAAAAUAUCCUCGCCGUCGCGCCCGCCCGUCUCAACGAGCUCAUCUGGGCCGUGGGCUUCCACAACAACAAGACCAAGUACAUCAAGGCGACCGCCGAAAUCCUACGCGAUCGCUGGAGCUCAGAUAUUCCCGACACCAUUGCAGGCCUCGUUGAGCUGCCGGGUGUCGGGCCCAAGAUGGCCUAUCUCUGCAUGAGCUGUGCCUGGGGACGCACCGAGGGCAUCGGUGUCGAUGUCCAUGUGCACCGCAUCACGAACCGCUGGCGCUGGCACAAUACCAAGACGCCCGAAGAGACGCGACUCGCCUUGCAGGCUUGGUUGCCGCGCGACACAUGGCACGAGAUCAACUGGAUGCUCGUCGGUCUCGGUCAGACUAUCUGUCUACCCGUCGGCAAGAAGUGUGGAGAGUGUGCUCUUGCUGCCAAGUCCCUCUGUCCAGCCGCCGACAGCCGCCAACGCCCGCUGCCGAAGACGUCCGUACCAAAGGCCGAAUCCUCGGAAAUGCCUAAAAUUAAGACUGAGGUCCUGGAAACGCUAGAGAUCAAGCCCGACGUCUCAGAACUGACCAAAAUCAAGACAGAGGCCUCAGAAACAUCCAAGAUCAAAAUCGAGGUCUCGGAAGCUCACCAAGUCAAGACUGAGACGGUCUUGUCUCUACCUGCUCGUCGUCGUAGACAACCACCGGUACGCUACUACUAA